CCUCACAAGAUCAGCACAGACGACCACACGUCACACUUGUUAGUUGUUUCUGGCAAAUUGUUUAUGUUUUUUAUCAUAAAAUCAAUCAGAGAUGCUGCGAUAGGCCUUGCAUUAAUGGCUAAUAAUAUAAUUAAUGACGUGGAGUGAUGACACGGAGUUCGGAAAAGACACUCGAAGAGAAUGAUGACGUUAAUGCAAACAAUAAAGUUCAUAAGCUGUCAACAAUGUUUAUCGUGUGCCGGGCAAUUUUUUUCAUAUUUGCAGCAAUAUUCGCUGCUUAUGCAUCAAUCCUUCAUUCGAACCAAAAGACUCAAAGAGGAUCUCCCGCAGAACCUUUUUUCGAUCACCCAAAUAUUCGAGAUUUUUAUCAAGGCAGUUUGUCCGAGCUGAUGCAUGAAAUUACACAUGUUGAUUUUUCUUUUGUCAUGUUUUAUGCCCCUUGGGACGCCGACUGCCAAGAUGUAAAACAGGAAUUUAUUAAAGUUUCUGAGUUUUAUUCAAACAAGGUUUAUUUUGCUGCUAUGAACUGCUGGGAACCGGGCAGUGAAUGCCAGUUGACAUUCAAAGAUGUAGUGUACCAUUUUCCACAGUUGGUAUUAUACAUCGGAUCUCACAAAGCAGCCGAAUAUAAAGGAAUUCAAACAGCCGAUCACAUCAUAAGAUUUAUUCAUUCGGUUAUACACCCGAUUACGAGGAUAGAAUCGGUGCCAGAGCUUUGGCACCUUAGAUAUCUACACGAUGUGGUUUUGGUUGGUCACUUUAACUUCAAAGGUAUCAUCGGGGGAAAUGCAUACAAAGUAUUAUACGACACUUCUCUAAGGCUCGCAACUCACGAUCAUGAAAGACACAUAGCAGUCGCUGUUUUUACCAAUACCAAAGAAAAUGACGCCCUUGAUGUGGAUGAAUCGCCAUCAUUAGUUUUAUACUUAUGGAAUAAGAGAGUGAAAUAUAAAGGACCUAUAAAUGCUCUAUCAGUACACAAAUGGGUUCUGCAGCACACAGAAAAUGACAUGUCUGAGUUAAACUCUAAUACCAUCCUUCCUCAUAUCAAAAAAGGUCCUGUGAUGGUCAUGUUUACACCCAGAAAUCCGCUAUCAACCAUUAUUCCUUAUUACCAUUUGUUGAGGCGUGUGGCAAUGAAUUUUAACUAUUGUACUAAUGGCACAAGUUCUGAUCCGGAAGACGACUUUUUUACAUAUGUACUUAAGUUUGGAUCGUUAUAUCAUGCUGGAUAUGAAGAAGAAUUGAUUAAAGCUGAUAAACUAGAAAGAGAGGAAUGUUCAAGAUUUCUGAAAAAGAGGAGAAUGCAGACCCAAUGUAUCACACCACAUCAAAAAUGGCACAAUAUGACAUGCCAGAAUUCAGUUGGCUUUUGCCCCAGUGUGAAGUUUUUCAAAUAUUCUGAAUCUUUGCCAUAUAACAGGUUGAAAAAAUGGACACUAUAUGGGGCACCAGAACAAUUAAUGGAGGCCGCAAAAGUAGAAAAGUGUACUUUGUUAGAGAGGACUCCGUUACCUUUAGUGCCUAAAUUUUUAAAAAAUCCCUUAGAGACUUUAAGUUCAUGUAAAAUUAAUUCCUCAUUUUCAUUUAUCGCAUUGGACAGCCAUGAGUAUUCCCAUCUUGCAAACGGAUUAGGAAUUCAACUAAAGAAAAUGAGACAUCGAACCUCCGUUGUGAUUUUUGAUGAUGAGGAAGUUCUUAAAAUCAAUAGUAAUGAAGUAACUGAAACCAGUGUCGCGAACAUGUUAAGUAGGUUCUUGUCGGGUGAAAGAGAAAAAGGAUUGCGUUCUAUGAAAGAUUCUGUUAAUUUUCAUAACAGUGUGAAAGAUCACCAAAAAGAUGUCACUUCUGUUUCAAUAAUGGAAUUAAAUACACUUUCUUUCAGCGAUGUAGUUUUGAAUAGUACGCAGAAUGUUGUAGUACUUUUUCAUUCACCAUAUUGUUCAUUUUGUCUUGGAAUUUCUAAUCUCUUUCUCACUAUUGCCUACUUGCUGAGAAAUAUAAGAGAUAUAACAUUUGCCAGGAUUGAUGGUGAACUAAAUGACUUGCCAUGGGAAUUCACGAUGCAUUCUUAUCCUAGUAUUCUGUUCUUUCCAUCGAAAAGAAAAUCAGACAGCCGAUUAUUUCCAACGUCUUCUCCAUUAAAUUUACAUAGUCUGUCGAGUUUCAUUUUGUCAAAUUUGAAAAUCCAUGAACGGAUUUCAAUAAUGCUCGCUUUAUGUUCUCGUUGGAAUAACAAUCCUUAUGUUUCACAGGAGGCCGAGAUGUGCAUUCAAGACGUCCGUACAAGUCUUAUAGACGGUGUAUCACAAAAAUUGGCUCAAUACAGAUCUACACUUAUUAAGUUGAAGUACAGUACGUCACAUGAUUGCAAGUAUCACCUCAGACAAAAGCAAAGGCGGCUGUUAAAAAUUUUGGAGUUUCUCAAAGUUGCUCUUUUGCAUUUACCUAGAAUACAAGAUAUUCAGUUUUCUGUGAUUUUUUUAGACGACUUGAAAAGUAAAUUGACUUUAAGUUAGUUUGUUAUUUUAUUUUAUUAUUUUUUUUAAGGGUAAAAAGUUAAUGUUGGGAAAUGCGCAAUCGAAUAGAGUUAACGGUAAUUCUCAAUUAUGUUUUUAUUGCAUAAGGUACUGCCAAUUUGGCAAUCCAUGUUUGUAAAUACGAGAAAAAUAAAAUUGCGCAUCUUUAAAUAAUAGUUUAUAAGUUCAUAAUUUGGUAUAUUUUUAUAUCAUUUCAGUGUUACGUUCACCAUAACCUUGUGUGUAUUAUUGUUAUCAUGUCGGGUGUACUGAUAAAUCUGUGAUAUCAAUUCAAAAGUCUCGUUUAUACCUUAAUAUGUAUUGUAUAUAGGAAAUGUAUAAUAUAUAUAUGUUAAAUUUUGUUCUAAA